UGAAGUUGUGACUUUUAUCAUGCCUUUUCUGGAAUUCAUAGCUGGAAGCGUUUCAGGUGCAUUGGGACUGGCAGUGGGACAUCCUUUAGACACAGUGAAGGUGCGUCUGCAGGCCCAGUCUAUGUAUAAAGGCAUUUUUCAUUGUGUGGCUAAAACAUACUCCCAUGAAGGGCUCCAUGGAUUCUUCAAGGGAAUGGCAUUUCCGGUGCUGACAACAGGCAUCACAAACUCUGUUGUGUUUGGCUCUUACAGUAAUGCCUUAGAUUACCUCAGUCAGUCUCGGCGCAGUGACCGCAGUCAGGGCACGCCGGCCUCUAUGACACACGUCUUCACUGCAGGAUGCUUCUCAGGCCUGAUGCAGGUGUUGGUCUGUGCACCCAUCGACCUGGUGAAAGUGCGUCUACAGAGUCAAGCAACAGUUGUGCGAUACCGUGGACCAUUUCACUGUGUUGCUGUCAUUCUGAAGGAGGAGGGUCCCCGCGGUCUGUUCAGAGGAGCACUGGCGCUCGCUCUGAGAGAUGUACCCUGCUAUGGACUCUAUUUUCUGCCUUAUGAAGUUAUUCGAAAGGCUCUGACUGAGGACGGAAAACAGCCAGGUACGUUCGCAAUAUUGAUGGCAGGUGGAAUUGCGGGCGUGGUGACCUGGGCCUUCGCCAACCCCAUGGACGUGGUGAAAGCCAGGCUCCAGCUGUCGGGGGCCGGAGGGCGUGAGUACAGGGGGGUACUCCACUGCAUGAGAGUCAGCGUCAGAGAAGAGGGACUAAGGGUCUUUUUCAAAGGGCUUCUACUAAACAGCCUCAGGGCCUUCCCGGUCAACGCCGUCACUUUCCUCAGCUACGAGAGUCUGAUGAGACUUUUUUAUCAACAACAGAGAUGACAUCACUCUCCACACCUGUGACCUGAAGACUGAACACACAGAGAUUCAUGCUGUCCGAAUGUUGGUUCCAUACUUCCAUAGUGACUUGAAACAAAGUCGUUGGUCUACCUCAGUUGGGACAUUUUUAAGAUCCAGAAUGUAAACUCUGUUUUAAACUUUUUACAGGAAGUUCUUUGUGGGUUUGUGUGAUCCAGUUUGAGAAACCUUGAGCACAUUUGAAAUUGAAAAUGACGCUCCAUUUCCUGAUAAAUGAAACACUUUGACAGGGACAUCAGUUAUUCUUCUGUUUAAUUGAAAUCAAAUCCAAACUAGGCUGCAAAGCAUUUUGACACAUUAAAUGGACAAACAGUUCUCAAUAAAUUCCUAACAGAAAUA